AUGGGAAAGAAGCGGCGCGGUCAUCCCGACAUUGAGGAGGUGCUGCACCGUCCUUGGUGCUACUACUGCGAGCGUGAUUUUGAAGAUUUGAAACUUCUCAUCUCUCAUCAAAAGGCUAAGCACUUUAAAUGCGACCGCUGUGGUCGUCGUCUCAACACUGCAGGAGGUCUCUCUGUGCACAUGAACCAGGUCCACAAGGAAAACCUCACGCAGGUCGAAAACGCGCUUCCCAACAGACAAGGUCUCGAGGUGGAGAUCUUUGGUAUGGAGGGUAUUCCCCAGGAAAUGCUCGACCAGCACCGCAACCGUAUCCUCCAGAAUUUCCAGCAGGCGCAGAAGGAUAGACAGAUCGCGACAGGAAACCCACUUCCUGGACAGGGUCAUCAGCACAAGAAGAUCAAGACGGAGUCGCCGGAUGACCUGAAGCAGAGGUUGGCCGAGUUUAGGCAAAAGAAGAAGGAGAUUGCUGCCAACGGAGGCGUGGAUCCAGCUGCUGCUGCUGCUGCUCCUGCGGUCACCGAGCCACAAGAUUCUUUCAACGCUCCUCCUACGUAUGCUUCACAAAACCCCUACGAACAACCAGCUUUCGUUCAAGCUCCCGCCGCCGCCGUCGCACCACCUUACUCUUUCGCUGCCAACAAUCUUCCCGCACGUCCAUCAUCCGGCGCCGCGCUUCCCACAGCUACAGGUCUACCCCAACGUCCCACACAAGGUGGCGCAUGGAACGGCGCACCUGCUGCAGGCGACGAUAUUGAUAACCUGAUUCGCAUGGCCGAGGCAGGUAUCAAGCCUGCAACGCCAGCUGAAGAUGGUGAUAAGAAGAAGAAGGAGAAGAAGGCGAGGAUGUUUUAUGAUGAUGCCGAGAUCAGUCCUGAGGAGAGAAUGGCUGCGCUGCCGAGGUAUGCGUUUGUUCCAGAGGUUGGACGUUAG